AUGGCGCCUCCCACCUCCUUGUCGUCGCAUGAGCGAACAAGAGUCGAAGAUUACUUGAAUGAUAAGAUUCAGGUUUCGGCCGACUUGAAUAGCCUCAGCUCGCUCUUGUCUGGUCUGCGAGACCAGCAAGAGGUUCAGCGCAAGCAGGUACCUUCCCCACAACCCCUUCCUAUGUUACUUCCCCGUCUGGACCGAGGAGUGAAUCUAACCAAUCUCAACCAGCUAGCAGAGGCACAGGAAGCUCUCCAAAAUGCGACGAAAGCAUCGAAUGAACAUGCCGAGGCGACUCGCCAGCGGGCUGUGGCCUUCGCCGCCGAGCAAGCGGAUAUUGAUCGCCGACUGAAAUCCAUCGCACAAUCGGAGACCAGCGACGAGGCAGUGCGACGCCUCGAAAAGAGUAUGGAAAGACUUCGGCGAUUGGAGAUCUCCAGGGGAUACGUGCGGACGCUGAAAGAGGCCGAGGAAUUAAGCAAGAGAACACUUUUCAACAUCAAGUCCGACCCUCGAGCUGCCCUGGAACCUUAUACACGCCUGCGUCACAUUGUCGGAUCCCUGAAAGAGGCUCAGCCUGCUGCCGAGGGAGCUGCCCCCCAUCUGAUCAACUACGCGGACAAAUUGGCUUUAGCAUCACGACAAGACUUGAAAAGGAUAUUCGGCGACCGGCUGCAAAAAACUCUCGAAGACAUGAAAUGGCCGACGAGACAGCUGAAUUCGACCGGAACCUUGCUAGACCAGUGGAGGCAGGACGUGGAGCUCCUGAUUGAUUUGCAAAUUCCGGAGUUGCCAGCUCGCAAUGUCUUGGGCGAUGGCUCCGGUGCCGAGCCGCCAGUUCUGUUCCCCUUGGAAGUGAUGGUUCAUCCGCUUGACCUUCGCUUUAAGUAUCAUUUUAGCGGCGACAAACCUACAAACAGACUGGAUAAGCCCGAAUACUUCCUAGCCCAUAUUACAGAUCUGAUCACUCAGUUCAGUGGGUUUUUCGCAUCCCACCUACAACCAAUCCUCGAUCAAAAGGCUCAAUCCGCUGGGCCAGAACUCGGAUGGAAUCUCUAUAAUGCUCCGCAUGCUUUUAUCACGGCUUUACUGCCAAUUUUGAGACAGAAAAUCGACACUUUUAUGCCUCAAAUCGCCAAUCAUCCUCAGCUCCUGAGUCAUUUCGUCCACGAGCUUAUGAACUUUGACAGCGACCUUCGUGAGAUGUGGGAUUAUCUGCCAGAUCCGUACACGGAGACUCACUGGAAGGGUAUGGCCUGGGAAGUCCUCACAAAGCGGGGCUGGUAUGAUCGAUGGCUUCAAGUGGAAAAGGAUUUCGCCUUGGCUCGGUAUCGAGACAUCAUUGAAACCCCAAACAGCGGCGAGAUUGAUUAUGAUGGAGUCGAGCCCAAUGUGACCAAACCGACCAAUGCUGCUAUUCGCGUGAAUGACCUUCUCGAGACCAUCACCGAACGAUACCAGCCGUUAUCCUCAUUCAGUCAGAAAUUGCGUUUCCUGAUUGAUAUUCAGAUCGCCAUCUUUGAUCAAUUCCACGGGCGACUGCGUGAAGCUCUGGAUGCCUAUCGUACCAUGACGUCCGCCCUUGGCCGUACGGUUCAGGGAGCCGAGGGUCAGGCUAGCGUUGAAGGCGUGGCGGGCCUCGAGCGUCUCUGUCGCGUUUUCGGCAGCGCCGAAUACCUUGAAAAGAAAAUGGAAGACUGGAGCAACGAUGUGUUUUUCGUCGAGCUGUGGACCGAGCUUCAAGACCGAGUCAAACAAAACCGCGAGGGCGGCCGCAAUGUCGCGGGAACCAUGUCUGUGGCGGAGGUCGCCUCGCGGACCUCGUCCGCGAUUGGAAAUCAGGGGCCGGUCACUGCGCAAACACCUGAAGGGGCACUUUUCGACGAGACUGCCUCGGCUUAUCGUCAUCUCCGCUUGCAAUCGGAAUCCAUCAUCACAUCGACAUUGACCUCGAACGUCACCACGGCCUUGAAGCCCUACUCCCGCAUGGCCAUUUGGGCAACGCUUUCAACCCCAUCGACCGGCGCGGCGACCUCCUCAUUAUCAGUCUCGUCUGAGCUAUCGCAUGCGAUGCGCACCCUGUCGACCCAACUCGGCUUUCUUUCCCGGGUGCUCGGCGCUGCUCCUCUCCGUCGAGUCUCGCGCCAUCUGCUGAUUUCGAUUCAAAAUUACAUCUACGACAAUGUGCUGAUGCGUCAUAAUUUCUCGGAAGCGGGCGCCGCGCAACUGUCCUGCGACUUUGAUCACUUGUGCGCCAUCGUUGACAAUCAACUCGGCGGCGCGGGGGAUCGGCACAGUUCGGUACGCAUCGUCAAGAAGCUCACUGAGGGGAUCCGUCUAUUGAGUCUUAGUACCGUAACAGAUGCAAACCUCGCGGACCGUGAAGGGGGCGAUCCACCAUUGAAUCUGUGGGAGGUGGAAAAGAGACUCUUUAGAGACAAUGAGAGUGCCCGGUCUGUGCUGGCCGAACUUGAGAUUGACAGACUGACGGAAGCCGAGGCACGGUCCAUCUUGGAAAGGAGGGUGGAGAUUGGUAAAUAG